AAACGGAGGGGCGGGUGUUUCCGGUUCCGGGUCGGCGGCGGCGGCCGAGGAAGGGGGGGGGGCGCUGGGGCCGCGGCUGUUUGUAAACUUGUCGGUGCGGCGGGCGGCGCGGAGCGGAGCGCGGAGGGGCCGCGGCAGGCGAAGACCCGCAGCAGCAGCAGCGGUGGCGGCGGCGGGGAGCCGGCUCCCACCCCGGGGGUGGGAAGGAAGAUGUCCCCUCUCUAAGAAGCGUUACGGGCAGCUGCCCGUCCUGCCUAACCCUGCCUAACCCUGCCAGCCCCCCCAGGGGUUGAGGAGGAAGCGCCUCACCGCACCCGCGGCACCGGGGCAAAGAUGUCGGCAAAGUGGAGGGUACUGGACGAGCCCGGCAAAAAAAAAAAAAAAAAUGAUUAACUGAACCCACCUUUCUAACCGUUAAAAAAAUUCUUUUCCUGGGCGAGAAUUAAGGCUAAAGAAUUGUUACAAUCCGUUUGUCGAGGACAGACAGACAGACACAAGAUGGCUCAGGCGAGUCUCCUGGCCUGCGAGGGCCUCUCCGGCGUCUGCCUCGUGCCGACCGUGGCCAGCAAGAAGAUGAUGCCGAAACAAAGCUCGAAACAAGGCGAGAGCAGGGAGAGGGGGAGCAGCCCCGACGUGCUGGCUCUCCGUCAGGACGCCGACAAAUCCCGCAGCCGCAAAGAAGAGGAAGCAGCCGAGGCGUCGCAGCCGAAGAAAUCCAUAAAAAAGCGCCGCAAGCGGGUGGCCGGCGCCGAGGGACCCAGCCGCUCCUCCCGGAGAGGAUCCCGCCUCGGCAGCCAGGUGGUGGUGAUCAAGCAGAACGGCUCCUUCCAGCUGGGGAUCCCCAAAAAUUUCAUCUGCGAGCAGUGCUUCGGCGCCUUCCGCAGCAGCUACCACCUCAAGCGACACAUCCUCAUCCACACCGGCGAGAAACCUUUCGAGUGCGACGUGUGCGACAUGCGCUUCAUCCAGAAAUACCACCUGGAGCGUCACAAGCGCGUUCACAGCGGGGAGAAACCCUACCAGUGCGAGCGCUGCAUGCAGAGCUUCUCCAGGACAGACCGGCUCCUGAGACACAAACGAAUGUGCCAAGGUUGCCAAACCAAGACCCCCGACUCGCAGCUGUUGCUCUAGGAGCCGAGUUAAACCCCGGUACCGGCCGGGAACGCCGACGGCAGCUCCGGGGAUGGUUGUUUUAACCUUCCUCCCCUCCCAUCCUCUUCUUCUUCUUCGUUUCUCCUGGGUUUUUUCGCCUCCCCGUUCCAGCUCCCCGCCGCGGGGACGGGGAAGAGCCGGCCGCUCGCCCGGACUUUGAGCCGACGGCACCGUACAUAACUCGGAAGAUGAUCGGGAAAAACCUCCCCCCGACCGGCAGAAACCGCGGGCAGCUGCCUAUAAACCUGCCUCUUAUUUUCCCCCCGCUCCCCCCCUUCCCUCCGUUUUAUUCCCAAAUCCUGUCGUCCCCCCCCACCCCUCUCAGGAAAGGCUUGGAGCCCCAAGCCGGCCUAAAGCAGAGCAAAACCGGGACUUCUCCAGCCCCGACCGCUUCCUUUCGGCCGCCGGACGGGCUCGCGCAGGCGCUCGGCUCUCAGGUAGGAGGGUCUGCAGGGAGGAACCGUUUCUAACCCCUUUUUUGGGUUUUUUUUUUUUUGAUUUUUUUUUUCUUUUUUGAGAUGAAAAACAAGCACUGGCGAGGCCACGGUGGCUUCGGUUGGGGAAGGGGGGGGGGGGGGCCCUCGUCCCGGCGGCGCUUCCCUUUCGAGUUUCUUCAUGGUUUUAUUUUUGGUUUUCUUCUUUCCGCGCGUUUUGGGGCCGUUGCCUUCGCUCGCCUCCGCCCCGGCUGCGGUGGGGGCGGGUGGGGGGCCGGGCGCCGUUUGGGGCCGUUUGCCGGAAAACCCCGAUGCCGAGGGAAGGACCCUCGACCCAAACAGCCCCUGAGCCGCGGGGGGGGGGGGGGGGUACGGCAGGCGGGGAGCGGCCAGGGAGUGACCCCCCCCCCCCAGGCUCCCAGCCCUCCUCCCUGCGGAGGGGGGGGGUCUCACCCCUGCUCCCCCCCCCCAAGUCGCGUUUUGGGGAUGCCGGAGAAGAGCCGGGUUUUUUGGGGACAGUCGCGGGGACGCCGCUGGUGCCUGGCAGCCCCCCCAGUUCCUUCUGCGCCCUCCCCCCCCGAAGCACAGACUGCUUCCCACGCCGGGGAAGGGGGGGGCGAAGGGGCCAAAUUUGGCUGCCGUGACCCCCCCCACCCCGAUUCCGGCGCCCUGUUCUUCUCCCCGGCGCUGCCGGGAGCCGGCGCGGGCACCGAAUGCAGCCGGGGAGGGGGGGGCAGAAUUUUGUGCCGUUCCCAUUGAUGCCGCCUCGGGACCCCCCAAUGGACAAGAGACACCCCCCCCGUUUUGGGACACCCCCCUCCCGGCGAUGCCGCGAGAAGAGUUUUGGCUCGGGCAGCUCCCGGCACGGGGCGGCAGGCAGCGGCAGGCAGCGGCAGGCAGGAGCUGGGCCCCCCCCCCAGCCAAACUCCGUCCCCGUUGGCCUUUUGAGCCUCUCCGGGAUCGGGGGGGGGUGGGGGGGCCAGGAAGGGUUUUGGGGGCUGCGGGGGGGUCACACCCUGCCCCAGCGUGGGAAAGCCGGGCGGGUGCUGACUGAAACUGGGAGCGAAACCGGCAGCACCGGGGUUUCACCGGCUGCACCCAGCCCCCCCGGGCCCCCCCAUACCCAAGGAGGGGGCACAGGGGUCCCCCCUGCACCCCCAGCCCUCCCCCGGCUUUGUUUUUUGGGGUGUUUUUUGGUUGUUUUUUGGGGUUUCGUACACUUCUUUUGCUAUGGGGGAAGGGGAGGGGGGGUGGGGGGGUCAGGGUGCGGCCCGGGGGGGGGGUGGGGGGGGUCAGGGUGCGGCCCCGGGGCUGACCC